ACUAAUUAAUUGCGACUCACCGACUAGCCAUGCAAACGGACUGACUGCUAAGCUGACUGGACUCUGCAAGCGUUGCUGAACCCGCCUGAAAAUGCAAGUUGCCCACCGGCAAACCGCCGGAUCAUGCCUUCGGUCUCGCUCAGCUACUUCGGGGCGGCGGGCGGUGCCCGUGGCGUCCCAGCGUCCCUCGUCGGCGCGACCGGGCCCAUUGUGCAAGGCAGCCGAGCAGCUGGUUGGAGUGGGUAGCAGUGUUCCCGAGACCUUUUUGACGAAUGAUGACUUGGCUAAGCUCGUGGACACGAACGACGAAUGGAUCGUGACGCGCACCGGCAUCAAGAAGAGGCAUGUGUUGGGCAAGGGCGAAACGCUCGUGCAGCACGCGGUUAUUUCCUCGAAGCGCGCACUGGAGAUGGCGGGUGUGGACGCCAAGGACGUAGAUCUUGUGCUUUUUGCCACCUCGUCACCGGACGACGUCUUCGGCAGCGCUUGCCAGGUCCAGGCGGCCGUGGGCGCCUCCAAGGCGGUGGCCUUCGACCUCACAGCCGCGUGCAGCGGCUUCGUGCUGGCCAUGGUGACGGCGUCGCAGUACAUCCGGGCGGGCACGUUCAAGACGGUGCUGGUGGUGGGCGGCGACGCCCUGUCGCGCUUCGUGGACUGGCGCGACCGGGGGACGUGCAUCCUGUUCGGCGACGGCUGCGGCGCUGUCCUCAUGCGGGCCAACCCCGACCCCGCCGCCCCGCCCGCCAUACUCGGCAUGGACAUGGGCAGCGACGGCGCCGGCCACAAACACCUGCACUGCAUGUUCUCAGGUGGCGGCCUGAAGCCGCACGGCGAGGGAGAGGGGCCCUCCUCGCACGCCUCCUACGCCAACAUCCACAUGGCCGGGCAGGACGUGUUCAAGUUCGCCGUGCGCACCGUGCCGGCGGUCAUUGACAGCGCGCUAGCCAACGCCAAUUUGCCCAAGGAGUCUGUGGACUGGCUGGUGAUGCACCAGGCCAACCAGCGCAUCCUGGACGCCGCGGCGCAGCGCCUGGGCCUGCCCUCGGAGCGGGUGGUGUCCAACCUGGCCAGCUACGGCAACACCAGCGCCGCCUCCAUUCCCCUGGCGCUGGACGAGGCGGUGCGGGGCGGCCGCAUCCAGCCCGGAGACAAGCUGGCCAUGGCUGGCUUCGGCGCCGGGCUCACGUGGGCGGGCGCCAUCGUGCGCUGGGGCUGAUGGGCUGAUGGGCUGAGGGCUGUUGAGCAGGCAGCAGAGGAGCAGGCGGCAGAGGAGCCGCAGGCUGGUAGCAGCAGCGGGCAGCGGAUGGCUUGGAGCAGCGCGGUGGAUUGGAGCCUGGAGUGUUGGCGGGAGAGGAUGGCCGUGCAUCCAGGGAUGGGGAAGGCCUGAGGGGCUGAGGAGCAGGUGGGUAGCUGCUGAGUGUGCGGCCCGGAGGGGGCGGCGGCAGCACCUGCACAGGCGGCAGCGGACAGAGCUGCAGAGCGCUGAUGACCGGCGAGCGAGUCGGCAGGCGGCCGGAGCGACGGGACGGUGGAGCCAGGGACGCGCUGAGCCACGGAGCCACGGACGCAUGGAGCUUGUGGGGUGGGGCCUCGCAGCCCGGGCCGCUUGGCACCACUGGUGCAACUCGGUACAACUUAAAGCGUCGGCAAGCGUUGACACUUUAGAGGCGCGUGUGGGCUUUUAGGCGCUUCGUGCCACAACAAGGGACGCUGGGCGCUGAGGCGGGAUGCGGCAGAAAGGUGUGAACGUUGUGUUUGUUGUGCGCCGGGAAACGUUUUGGUGUGAGUGUUUGUGCCAUGGUGAGUUUCCAAUAUUCGGAUUUCGGGGUGACGUGUUCGCGUGCCUGUUCGCGUGCCGCUGGUGGUGGUUAGGUGGUGGGGCGCAGUGUGUGUGCAGGCCACCUGACUCGAGUCAGGAAAUACUGUUGCGCCCGCAGCAGCCGCAGAGACGAUUGUAACAGGAAAGGACA